UGUGUAAUACAUUUUUAAAGGUACGGAGCAAACGAAGGAUGCGAUGUGGGAUCGUAUCGAGGAGAUGUUCUUCACGGCGAUGAAGAAGGACGGCUCCUACCGAACCCGGGACCAACUCACUUCCAAAUGGAGCCACAUCAACAAAAAAGUCCGAAAGUUUAUGGGAGUUUACGAGGGAGCGGCACGAACGACGCCGAUGUUCUCCGGCUUGCCACGACCCGGUAUCAAGAUGACGGGAACCAAGGCAAGGUGCCCAUCGAUCUUUGGAGGAUUUUGAGUCGUUCCCCGAAGUGGCAACAACUCAACAAUCCCGACGGCGGAUCGUUCCGGAAAAGAUCCACCUUCGACGCCGAGGUUGAGGUCGACGAGACUAUCGGUUCUAGCGAUCAAAUCCCUCUCUUCAACUUUGCGGAUUCCGAUGACGAGGACCCCAUUCCACGGCCGAUGGGAAGAAAGAAGGCAAAAUCCAUUUCCUCGGGUUCGGGAGGGUCCGCCUCGGUUUCCGCUUCUCCCCGCGACGAAAUCGGCCGGGCAAUGAUUGAACAACUUCGGGCGUUCAAUCUCCAAGAACAAGAGAGGUUGAUGCUAAAGGAGAAGGAGUUGAAGCUAAAGGAGCAGGAGGCUGAGAUGAAAGUCAUGCAAACCGACCCCGGGACGUUGUCGGAGUUUGGACGAAUGAUCUAUGAGCAAAGAAUGAGAGAGAUCAAGGAGAAAUAUAAUUUACCUUAGUUUUUUUUAUUAAUGUAUCGUUUUUAAAUUAUUGACGCUUUUUUUAUUUAAUGAAUGUAUUUUUUUAUUAUUCAUGUUUCAAUUUAAUUAAAUAAUAAAUUAAUUACAUUUUAUUAAUUUAAUUUUAGAAGAUGUAUAUUUAAAAAUGUAAAAAAUGAAGGUUUGAAUCCCAG